AUUUCGGUAUUCAACCACCAUUCAUAGAAUGCAAUCGACACAGUUAUGGAAAAAGGCUAACAGAUGGACUCCAUCCGAAGAAACUGUUACUUUAGCCGCUCAAUUAUUUAAGUUACUUGAAGAAAGGCGAAAAGAAGAUGACCUUCUCAAGAAAACUUACCUUUUCGUUACAUUCCAAAAAGUUUUUAAAAAUUGCACAGAUAUUGAAUCUCUUCUUCAAGUAACCAAUGGCUGUGGAUAUAAUUUACUGCAAACUGCAACAGCUUACCGGGAUAUAGAGAUUAUAGACCUUUUAAUAUCAGAAGGAGUAAGUCCUGAUUUAGGAAAAUGUUCUCCUCCCCUGCACAUAGCUUCUUCAAAAGGAGAUAUUGAUCUUGUUCUACAUCUCCUAGAUUUAGGUGCUAAUCUGAAUAAAAAGUGCGGAAUGUGUUGGCCUAAACCUCAUCUACCUAUUAAACACGUUCCAUCUAGAUUUCACUUUUUGGAAACGGAUAUCUUCCUGUGCGAUACAAAUUCUAAAUUGCCGUUAAUGUGCGCAAUUGAAGGAGAUCACGUGGCUAUUGUUGAUAAAAUCUGGAAGAAAUCUCGUCUAUCAAAAUGUUAUCCUCUUCAUUGGGCUGCUGAGAAUAGUAGUUUGGCGUGUUUAGAAUAUUUUACGACCAAGGAAGGAAUAAAUACGAAAGAUGAUUGUCAGAUGACGCCUCUAAUGUAUGGCGUUUCAGUUGGCAAGAAAGUUGUUCAACGUCUUCUAGAUUUUGGCGCGGACGUUCAUUGCCAUAAUGCAAAUGGUGGCGUACUUCAUCACUUCUUUAGGAAUUUACGUAAUCCUCUCGAAUUAUACGAAGUAACUAAACUUCUUUUGGGACACGGCUUAGAAAGCAGUGUAAAUACGUUGGAUAGGGACAAGAAUACCGUUUUACAUUUCCUAGUAUUACUAUGCAAUAGAAAAUUAGAAACGCUCUCACAAGACGCCACUGACCAAGAGAAUUUUAAUGAGCAAGUUAUUAAAACUCUUGAAUUACUAUUACUGCAUAAUGUAGACGCUAAUAUCUUCAAUUCAAGUGGAGUAACAGCACUACAUAAACUACUUUUAACAUUUGAUUUUGUACUGAGUAACGAACCAAGAGGGAUUACUGCCGAUAGCUUACCACAAAGGGAAUUCUACGAGAUAAAUAUGGAGGUUUUGAACUCAGCCCUAUCUAUUUUAUGUCGACACGAAGCAGACGUUUGUUCCUUAACCGCAGCGGGAAGAUCUUCUAUAAUAAUAGUUCUUCAAUCGAUACUCGAAGCAAAAUGGCAACUUGUUUCAAAAAAUUCCAACGAAUUAAUUAAAUUAAUGUCAACUUUAUGUAAAUACGGAACCAAAUUGGAUCUUAAUCGAAAUAUCCAUAAUAUGAUUGUCGCUUCAUUGACGAAACUUACGGAAAAAUCUAUUCAUAAUCCGAAUAUGUCAGAUUUUACGAUAUCAAUUUACGAGACGUUAUUCAAAAAUGGGUUAGACCCUAACAAAACAGGUCAACCACCUGCAAAUAUUUUAGCUCAGACUAUCCGAGCGAUAAGUACAGUAAGGAGUGAAGCCGGUGCAAAUUUCUUAUAUAAAAUUGUAGAAUGGCAACUGCAAAGAGGAGCAAAUCCAGAUAUUGAACCAUACGCUUUAGAUCUAGAAUUUCGUUCUUCCCAAAGUUGUUUCUUUUUAAAGAAAACCUCUAAUGGAAUACUACAAUUGACUAUAGAUGAAUUACAGUCAUUACCAAAUUCUAAAGUUGGCAAUUACGUCGCCGAAAAACUCUUGUAUUUAAUCUGCAAUAGUGUUAGUCAUCCGACUCUAUAUGCUAUCAACAAAGGAUAUUUGGCGACAGUUGAAUCAAGAUUUAGGAACAUUUUAAUUCAUUUCAUAGAAAGCCCAAGGAGUUUAAAGCAAAUAGCAAGAGUAGUUAUAUAUAAGCAAUUAGAUAGAAAUCUAUAUAAUAAAGUUAAUCAUUUACCGUUGCCUUUCCUACUAAAACAGUAUUUGUUAUUUUUCAUUUAA